CCAACGAGUGUAAGCAUGCUGACUUGAAAUGUCAGAGCCAUCCCUGCCAUCCAGCACGCUGCACUGAGAUUAAAACCAGUUAACGAGCCUCUGUGAUCCGGAUCCACUCGGACGCAGAGCUGUCACCUCUGUGUUGGCCCCUAGUGAGCAUUCAGCACCUGCUGAAGACAAGAUCAGAGGAAGACAGGUCCUCUCUCUGCAACUGUGUUGUUAUUGACUGGCGGGCGGAAUAAAGGAAGGUCGAUAAGUGGAUCAGAUUUAUUAGCAGUCCAGAUUGGCUACAGCUUGCCAGAUGUGAGAGGAGCUUCAGUCUGCGGGGCUGCACGCGAGGGAGCGAGACUGCGUUUCUACAAGUGCGGCACAGUCUGAAGGAAAAGGUUAACCUGCAUGAUGGAGCUGGUCAAACUUGCAGUAUCCUUGCACAUUUGUCUCUGUCCUGCGUGGGCUCUAUCCCGUCACUCCUACACGGACAGCAUCCUCGCUGCUCGCUCAGUUCUCGGCUUGUUAGAUGAGUCGUUGAGGUUUGACCCCUGCUGCCUCAUGUCACCUCCUCCGCCGCCGCUCUUCCCCCCGCCGCCUCAGCUGUGGAAGCGGGGCAGCCCUGAUGGUAUUAGCAUCUUAGAGCCAAGUGUUUUUGGAGUAGCAGAACCAGAAAAACAAAAACCGGUGUCACCUGGGUGUUCGCCGGGCCCUCCAGGACCUCCUGGACCCGAGGGACCAGAGGGUCACAGCGGAUUGCCCGGCAUAAGAGGACCAAAAGGGGAGACGGGAGAAAUUGGACGUCCAGGGUUAAAGGGUCGUACAGGAGCUCCAGGCCUUCCAGGAAAACCCGGUCUUCAAGGAUGGCCUGGAUCAGAGGGACCAAAGGGUGAAAAAGGGGACUCAGGACUCAUGGGAUUACCAGGACUGAGGGGACCACCGGGGAUAAAGGGUUUGUCUGGUUACAAAGGAGACAAAGGGACUCGUGGGGACCAAGGAGCCGCAGGACCAAAGGGGGAUAAGGGCUCCAUUGGUUUGCCUGGGAUGCUCGGACAGAAGGGGGAACAAGGACCAAAGGGAGAGCCAGGAGUCUCAGGAAAGAGAGGGCCAACUGGACGGCCCGGGAAGAGAGGCAAGCAGGGAAUGAAGGGCCAUGGUGGUACCCCUGGAGUUAUGGGCCCUCCAGGACCUGCUGGUCCCAACGGCCAUCCUGGUCCACCAGGGCCACCUGCCUCAGGUCUCUAUCUAGUGGGAGAAAAGGGAGAGAAGGGUGUUCCAGGUCCACCUGGUCGCUGUGACUGUGAUUCCACUGUUGUUGCUAACAGUGCUCCUUUUGGGAGCUACACACAGCGCGGCGGUCCAAAUAAAGUCCCUGCAAUAUUCGUGGUAAACAGCGAGGAGGAGAUGGAAAAUCUACAACUGGACAAUGCAUUAGCAUUCAGGAAAGAUCAGAGGGUGCUGUACUUCAAAGAUAAAGAUGGUUGGAAGCCCAUACAGCCCUUCCAGCCGUUCCAGUCCACAGAGAAAGUUCCGGACAGAGUUGGUGUGUGCGGGGAUGGAAAGGUGCAGCCUCAGCACGGAGAGGAGUGUGAUGAUGGAAACCAGAUUGUGACUGAUGCUUGUCUCAACUGUAAGUGGGCUUACUGUGGAGACGGAUACCGACAUGAAGGCAUGGAGGAGUGUGAUGGAAAAGACUUUGGUUAUCAGACCUGCAAAUCCUAUCUUCCUGGGUCCUUUGGGCAGCUCAGAUGCACAGAUUCUUGUAUCAUUGAUUCCACUGGUUGCAAGUAUUUCACCUGAACUGAGAAGUGAGGGAAAAAAAGGCAAGAUUGCACCUUUGCAGCUCCUCUUUCUGAUCACGGGGAAUGCACUCCAGAUUUCUACUGAAGUCUUACCCUUUAAAAAAUAACUGCUGGACUGAAGAAGAGAACUAAGGGGAAGCUCUUGUGUCUGCUCUGAGCCAUGAAAAACCAUGAGAGUCAGCUUUGGCUUUAAUCUCUCACUGGCCUCAGGGAGGAGCUCUGUUUCUGCCCUUUCAUCGGCUGCAGGACUGUUAUGGAUACUAGUGAUGGCAGGGAACAUUUAAAUGAUUGUAUCAUAUGAAAUACUUACAAUGUGUAUGACUUGCUGACUGUUGAUGCAGAAAUAAGCUAUGUCCUAAACUUUUUUGUAAUGAGUAAGGGAAAAAGAGCCGUUUUCUCAAAGAAGCAAUGAUAUUAUUGAUACUCUAUGUACUGUAGUAUGCAAAUCAGGGGUGUGUAAAUGUGCCAAUUCCUGUGCAAUGUAUUACAAAACCUGUAUUUAUGAAGUGCAAUGUUCAGAAUCAGCUUUAUCAGCUUUAUUCGCCAAGUAUGCUUGAACACACAAGGAAUUUGACUUUAGUAAACUGUGAUGUUGUUCAAUUGCAUGUAAUUGUGUAUCGAUACACAGCUGAACACUUUAAACUGUGCUGUAAAUGUAUUAGCCAAAGUGUUGUUCUAAUUAAGUGAAUGUUCAGAUAGCCGACAGAAGAAAAGUGAUUGUAAGGCUGCAACAAACACAUGAAAAAUACCCUCAAGCAGCAUGAAGAGACUACUCAGUCACAUAAAAAUGAUAAGACAAGGUCUGAUCAGUGGAAAUCUUCCAGCAUGACUGUACAUUUCAUAAAACAUGGUACAUUAAUAAAUACUAGAUCUACAGUU